AGCAGCCUGAAAUAAUCUGAAACACGCAAACAAUUCAUAGAGCACAGACAAACUCAGAGAGGCUGCAGAAAUCUGACCAACCGGUAAGAAAUAUGACCACUCUGCUCACCGGUAUCAUCUGUAGCCUUACAGUUUUAGGUAGCGUUAUGGGAGACGUGUUUACCCUGGACGGUUAUGUUGGAGGGCAGAUUCAGGUCAGAUGUCCUCAUCAAUUUGCCCACGACAAUAUCAAGUAUUUCUGCAAUGCAGAAUGUAAGCAUAAAAAAGAUGUUAUCAUUAAAAGUGCAACAAACCACAAUACAGUCACCAGGGGGAGGUAUUCAUUAUUUGAUGAAGGCUCAGGAGUCUUCUUUGUGACCAUCUCUAACCUGAAGAAAUCAGACUCUGGGACUUACUGGUGUGGAGUGGAAAGAGUAAUUAAAGACACAUUUCAUAAGGUGAUCCUAAAGGUCCUGGACGCACCCACUUCUCGCACAACACCAAGACUCACAGACUGGAGCACAUCUCAGGCAAUAGAGCCGAGGGUAAUGGCAGAUUCAGAAACAUCCACCACAACCACAGCCAUACCUGUAAUAACUACAACCACAGCAAAUACAUCUGAUAAGAAAGAGCUUAUUCAUAUAGGUGCUGGUCUGGCCGCUCUGGUGCUGCUUUUAGUCAUUUUCCUUUUCAUACUGAUACAACAAAGUAAACAAAGGAAAGCUACAGUACAACCGACUGAGAAGGCUCAGCACACUGAGAAUGUUGUUAAAUACUCCUCAGCAAACACGUCCUCCUCAGUCAAUCAGAGGACAAGUCAGAGCAUUCAGGACACUCCUGUGGCCAGCAGGGGGUCUCACUCAGAUCCCAGCUCUACUGUAUAUGCCAACUUUACACCUUCUCAUGACUCUCUUAGUUAUGCAACUGUCAGAUUUGCCAAUCAAUCUGAUGACCUCAAUUACUCCAACGUCAUCUUUGUCAAAGAAAGUGAUGCCAAUACCAGCCACUCAAAGAAGUCUGAAGUGGACACAGCCAGAUCUUCAUCACCACUCUACGCAACUGUUAAGCCCACAAACACUUCACACUCCGAUCAAGAUACAAAUGCAGUCGUAUAUUCUACUGUACACAAGGUAGAGUAAAAGUAGAGCUUAUCUGCAAUACUCAUGUAAACCAUGGAAAGACUUACUGUCUUCCAGCCAUUGAGUAAAACACCAGCAUGUACGUACUUGUGUUUGAAAAUGCCUGACUUCGAACGCACAUUUGAAGUGACUGAUUUAGCACAAAUGGGCUAAAGUCUUGGUUCCUCUCUUUCACACCUGUUUGAAGAGUCUGCUGUUAUUUAAGGAUUAAUCACAAAAGUCAAGGUUUUGGGCCUCAUUCACAAGUAUAUAAGUUUUUUUCAUAAAUGUGUUCUUGAGGAAGUCGUCUUGAUGACGUCUUCUUAAACUGCAGAGUUGUGAGUGUGUGUAGAUUCUGUUCGUACCUAAGAACAAAUCCCAAAUAAGAAAACAUGGAUGAAUGUCAGAAUCUUUGUGAAAACUAUGUGUGUGUUUUAAGAGAAAAACGUCUUCUUAAGAACAGUUUUGAAUGAGGCCCAUUGUCGGGUUUAGGGGAGUUAAUAAAACGGACACAUUGAGAAAUGAAGAUGGAGGAGAUGACCAUAUUCUCAGAAGCAUUAUUAAAUGUAUGGCAGAGUUCAUUUGAGUAUGAAAUAAGCUUAUAUUGGUGGGGAAGUUGAGCCUAUAAUAAUGGCGAGAUAAGGUCAAAUUCAAUCUCAACCACAAUUCUUUUGGAGCUCUUGUUGUCAGGUGUAAUACCUGUCCUCACCACCAGAGGUGAGCCUCACCUGAAUACUUAUGUUCUCCCUGAUCCCUCACCUGCAGCUCACUUCACCUGCCUAUUUAAGGACCUUCAGUGCAUUGACUCAGUGUGAAGUAUUGCCAGUUUACCUGCAUACCGAGCCUCAUCUCCUCAUUGUUUAUGGUUUUGGAUUGCCUUGACCCUUUUCUGUACUCUUUGACUGCUUCUGGAUCUCCCUUUUGCUGGUUUUGAACUUUUCUAGUGUUUUGACUUUCGGACUGUUUUUGACUCCGACUCUGGUUUUUGUGUUUUGGGUUAAACGGGAUUAUGGGUUCUAAUCAUGACUCACACAGUCAGAAUUACUUGCACUUCUGUUGCUUCUGUACAACAGUACUGAGUGAAUGUGUUUUAUUCUUGUAUAAAAUUGAUGAAGCUCUGAAAAUAAAGCUUGAAAAGUGAGAA